GCGCUGCGGAGUAUUUUGCCCAGCUGGAGGAGCGAUCUAAAUAAUCAAAAACCCGAAGGUUCGGACUGAAUGAAGCGAAAGCCGAAAUCCCAUUCCCCUUCCCCCUCUUCGUCUCCGUCGGCGGCGUCGGACCGAACCCGAGCCCGGAGCCCUAACUAACCCUAGGAGGCAGGCGGCGGCGGGGAUGGUGUACUACGCGCUGUUGGUGGGCGCGGAGCUGGAUGGCCUCACCAACCUGCAGCCCCGCCACGGCUGCGACGACCCCAACUUCCCCUACUACCUCAAGCUCAAGUGCGAGAACUGCGGGGAGGUCACCGCCAAGUCCACCUACGUCACCCUCAGCGAGCAAGUCGACCUGCCCAAAGGACACGGCGCCGCUCACCUCGUCCAGAAGUGCAAGCUUUGUGGGAGAGAUGGAACAAUUGUGAUGAUUCCUGGUCAGGGGACACCACUUACUAUUGAGCAGAGCCAGAAAGAGGAGAAGACUUGUUUGAUGGUGUUUGACUGCAGAGGCUAUGAACCUGUUGAGUUUUCCUUUGGCACUGGCUGGAAGGCUGAAUCUGUGCAUGGGACUCCUUUUGAAAUUGACUGCUCUGAAGGUGAAUUUUCUGAGUAUGAUGAGAAGGGAGAAUGCCCCGUUGAGCUAGGCAAGCUGCAGUCAACAUUCAAAGUGGUGAAGAAGCAUGAGAGGGGUGGGAAGACUAGAUUUGUCUAGAUCGAGUGACUUGGAAUCUGACAGAUAUUGGAGUUGGCGGUGUAUAAAUGGUAGAUUUGGGCUGAAGGUCAUGCGUGAUCCGACCUCCUUUUUCUUCUAUCUGUUGAUUCUGUGGAUGCCGUGAACCAUGCGAAGCUUUCGGUGAUAGUGUCCACAGGAGCAUUACCCUGUACCGAAACUCAUCUUUAUAACUUACCACCAAUGCUCGAACAUGUUGCUGGUUGCUGGUAUUUUUAGCACUGUUCUCUCUGGCUAAUGGGUCUGAAGACAUCUCAAGGGGAUAUGUGGUGCAAUCUGAGUUCUUUAAAGGGCAUCGUCACUUGUGGAUGUUGAUUGUGGGGCAACCUUGGCUUGCUAUAAUUUUUAGAUACCGUUUAGUUGACUAGCAUUAGCACGCUCAAAUGCACGCUUGUGUGUGUACCCGGUGCUAUCGCCGUGACAAAGGCUCUCGUCAACUUUGUGCUUUGUUU